AUGCCGCUCCACCUUUCCAGGGACGAGAUAGUCGCCCGCAUGGCAAUGUCCAUGAACAACUCGCCCCUGAACAAUCUUUUUGAGCCAUUCCAGUACCGCCCCGAUGUCGACCCCAACGCGACACGUCCCCACAGCUUCAUCCGCCCUCAGCACGGCGCGGUGAAUCAUUUCCUAAGCACAACCCCAACCCACCAUCAAUCGCAUGCCGAUCGCCAUGGAGCCAGCGCGGGCGCUACUCCACAUUUACAACCGCAAGGCCAAGCCCCGGCUCGCAUGAGCUUACAGCAAUCGCGCGACUUCAACAAUGGAAUUGAUGAUAGCGCGCAUCUAGCACAGAUGCGAGAAGCCUUGCAGGACUCUCCCGCUGGGCAAAUGAUGCCACCGACAACACUAUCGCAAAGCGUACUUGGGGUUGGGAAUCCCAGUCCCAAUGGCGCGCACUCGACGCAGAAUAAUAAUGGACUGGUGAUGCUCGAGUCACCGUCUCAAUCAUUUCAACCGGAAUUUAUAGCGCUAGAUGUUGAGCCUAUUGGACCGGUAUCUUUCAGCACGACUUCUGAAGAAGCCGGUAUGAAGAUUGUUCCGGAUGCUCCUAAUCUGGAGUAUUGGCGAAACAAGCUAUUUAAUGUUGAUGAAAUGAUUACGUUGAGCGAGGAGGAGUUUCAGACUUAUUUCCCGCACGUUGAUAAUGUGUACUCGCAUCGCUCGACGCAACGGUACAAGAGUAGACCCUUUGUUUCUCAUUACUGGGACUGUCGAUUGAGAGGUCGACCGCCUGGUACGCCCAAGUCGGAUAACCCAGAAAAGAAGAAGCGCAAGCGCACGGCUAGAGAGCGAGAUCUUUGCCAUGUCAAGAUUAAAGUUGUUGAAUACUUUCCGCAGAUCGAGUCAAGUGCGGAUAUCAUGCCUGUGGACUCGAGUCCUGCUCCUGUUUCUGCUCCUGCGCCUUCCGCGGCUCCAAUUGCUGUUCCUGGUAUAUUUACAUGGGCUUUGGACACCCCGGAAAGCACGAGAAAAAGCAGUGGGCAGGCGUUUCAAAUGAUCACUCCUAGUCACAGCCUUCCGCCUAAUCAUCCUGGUGCAAACGGGGCGAGAUACUAUACAAUCCAACGAGUGAAUGGCAACGGCGCCAAUGGGAAGAAUGACGGUGUGGCUGGUGGCCAUCGACAUACACUAGAAGAGAGCGACCGCGUCAAGAAAAAUAGUGUGCAGCGAUAUCUGAAUAGGGAAACUAAGGACAAAAGAAAUAAAAUGGAACAAACCAUGUCUUCAGGACGGAGCCAAAAGUCAUACCAUACAAAAGCGACAGGUCUGGCCGCUGAGACGGUGGACAAACACGCCGCCGAGUCUAAUCUCAAGCUGUAUGGAAGUUGUUUCUGCCCCUUUGUGCAGCGGGUAUGGAUUGCAUUGGAGAUGAAAGGUAUCCCGUAUCAGUACAUUGAAGUGGACCCCUAUCAAAAGCCCGAUUCCCUGCUGGAGGUGAAUCCAAGGGGACUUGUUCCAGCAUUGCGACAUGAUGACUGGGGAUGCUAUGAGAGCAAUGUGUUGUUGGAAUAUCUCGAGGAUUUGAACGCGGGGACUGCAUUGCUACCGCGAGAUGCGAAGCUGCGUGCUCACUGCCGACUGUGGGCAGACCAUAUCAAUCGGCAUAUUGUGGCGAAUUUCUAUCGCGUCCUGCAAGAACAGAACGAGCAGACACAAGUCCAAAAGGCGCAAGAUCUGCGAAGCUCAAUCGAGCAAUUGCUGGAAGCGGCACAUCCCAAGGGUCCGUUCUUUCUGGGCGCGCAGAUGAGUCUUGUGGAUGUCCAAGCUGCGCCAUGGAUAAUCCGGCUGAAAAGAGUCCUGAAGCCAUACCGAGAAUGGCCAGAUGCCGAGGAGGGAAGUAGAUUGGCGGCUUGGGUGGAUGCAAUUGAAAACGACCAGCAUGUCCAGGCGACGACUAGCACGGACGAGCUGUACCUCGACAGUUACCAGCGCUAUGCCCAAAACCGCCCAAACACAUCUCAGGUCGCAAAUGCAAUCAACUCAGGAGAAGAUCUCCCCUGA